AUGUGUAUGUUCGCUCGACCUGUAAAUGGUCGUUCUUCCUUUGCACCCUUCUUCCACCUGCCCGCCCUCCUUCCUGCCUUCGUGCGUCUUGAUCACAGGACCCUGCAUAGCCAAUCCGCUCGCCUCUGGGCAAUUGCUUGUGCUGACCCUCUGCCAGCGCUCACGGACCUUCAAAACAACAUCUUCUUAUUCAGCAAUCCAGGAUGGAAUGGCGAGGGAACAAUCGCAUCGACCAUAUCCAAGAAUCUCUCCCAGCAAACGAGCCAGUUAGCCUAUGAACAACGAAUCGACACAAAUCUAACAACACUAUCAAAAUCCACCUCCGCAUUCGACGACUCCAUUCAAGGCCUCUUAUUCGUCCCCGAAAUCACGUCCGUUCCAUCCUGCGAUGUGCAACAAUACGACUCUAUCCCACGAAAUGUCACCCGUAGAAAGGAUUUGCCGCCUGCAAAUUUCAACUUGGUGGCCAUUGCUCCGUGGUUUAGCAGUGACUGCACCCAGGCCUAUCUCAAUGCAGCCCUCCAAGGUCCUGUGAAAGCAUUCAUCUUCUAUAAACCUAAUAACUCUACGAAAAAGCCCCAGGAUGGCGACUCACCGGUUUGGAACCUCGGCGACGGCGGUGCCUGGCGAUCAAACCAUUUCCCCAUCUUCGCCAUUCCGGGCCUUCAAGGUCAGAAGAUCAUGACGCAACUGAGUUUGUAUUCAGGCUCCAUAACCCAAGUCCCCCACGGCCAAGAGGUACAACGACUGUACAAUCUUCACGGGACCACGUAUCUGCGCAUAUGGACGAAGCUUACCUUGGACCGACCGCCAAACACACCUGCGACUUGGGCCUUCAUCCUUAUUGUCAUUGGAGCCCUACUCUUCGUAAUUCUCACUGUUUCCAUUGCUAUGCAUUUUAUUCAAAGACGAAACCGCAACUCUUUGAAACGUCGGGUCCAAUCCGGCGAGGUCGAUCUGGAGGCGAUGGGUAUCAAGCGUGUGACCGUGCCUGCUUCUCAUGUGGCGCAAUUUCCUCUUUUCACUUACAAUGCAGAGCCCGAUUUGUAUGAUUUGCCGUUGAGCCCUCGAUUACAAACCGCCCCUUCUGGCCGUACACGAAAGACACGCAAGAAGAGACGGCGUGAACCUGGCACCAAGACAGAAACAAUGGGCCCUGGCGCACCAAGCGUCCGCAGUAUACGAAGCAAGCGAUCGAGCCUGACGGGCACUGGCGAGACCAUGGCCACUAACUACCAACCCACCUGUCACAUUUGCUUAGCCAGCUUCGAACAUCGCGUUACAGUCAUCCGCGAACUACCAUGCGGCCACAUAUUUCACUCUGAAUGCAUUGACGAGUUUCUCAUACAAAACAGCUCUUUAUGCCCAACGUGCAAGCACUGCAUGCUCCCCAAAGGCUAUAGCCCCAAGAUAACGAACGGAAUGGUUCGACGAGAAAGAGCCUUGAGGCGGCUUAGGGAAAGAGUUGAUAUAGAAGAACUAUCACUUGAAUCUGGAGACACAAGACUGAAGUCCUGGGGCAAGAAGCUCUUUAGCUCCUCCUCACACCCGAGCCACACAUCCCCUACCAAGACCGAUGUACAAAUGAAACCGCUGAAAUCGAAACACACAACAAAAACAGAAGAAAGUCAGAACCCUAUAGAAGGCGAGGAAAGCAACAGUUCGUCCUCAUUACCAGAUCGGACGGCAGACACUGCAACUCCAGACUCUACCGAUCUGCCUCAAGUGGCUGCCACCACAGCCAAGACUCGACCUAGGAAGUCAAAGCCGCGAAUGCUUAAGCUGCUUCCGACUCAACCCGAGAAUGCUGCCUUGGAUACGGGUGAUAGAGCCCCGAAUAGGCGGGGCAGCCCAUCGGCGUUUGCUCGGGAACGGAUGCGAGAAAUCGCUGACAACAACGCACCCUUCGAUGACCCUGACAAAUCUCGACCAAGAUCAUUAGCGGCAUACCUUAACGAAUGA